AAAAAUAAAUAUAUCUAUAUAUAUAAAAUGAUAAAGUUGUUUGCGCAGUGACUAUAACAACAAAACUAAACAUCCCAGAAAUACGAAAUUUGGCAACACAAUGCAAAAGGCUUGCCUCCCGGUUACAACAACACAACCACACCACAAAACCACAAUCCGGACCCACAAAACUCACAACAACGCAUCAUGCGAUAACAACACAACUAAACGCCCCAGAAAUACAAAACUUGCCAACACAAUGCAAAAGCCUUGCCUCCCAGUUGUAACAACACAACCACACCACAAAACCACAAUCCGGACCCACAAAACUCACAACAACGCAUCAUGCGAUAACAACACAACUAAACGCCCCAGAAAUACAAAACUUGGCAACACAAUGCAAAAGCCUUGCCUCCCAGUUGUAACAACACAACCACACCACAAAACCACAAUCCGGACCCACAAAACUCACAACAACGCAUCAUGCGAUAACAACACAACUAAACGCCCCAGAAAUACAAAACUUGGCAACACAAUGCAAAAGCCUUGCCUCCCAGUUGUAACAACACAACCACACCACAAAACCACAAUCCGGACCCAUAAAACUCACAACAACGCAUCGUGACUAUAACAACACAACUAAACGCCCCAGAAAUACGAAACUUGGUGCACAACUAAACGCCCCAGAAAUACAAAACUUGACAACACAACACAAAAGCCUUUUCUCCCGGUUGUAACAACACAACUACACCACAAAACCACAAUCCGGACCCACAAAACUCACAACAACGCAUUGUGACUAUAACAAAUACCAAAUUUGACAACACAACUCAUCCACCUCCCCAAUCCCUACAUUCACACUUGGCCUCCAAAAAAACAAUUACAAGAAUAACAAUAACAACAACAACAAUAAGAAUCAACACCAUCACAGGCAAGAAACAGCCAGGCACUGAGGCUGAGAAGCCAGUCAGUGCUACACUGGGCCUCCAAAAAACAAUACAGUAGCAUCUAACUUAUCCAACCUUCAUAAUCACUACAACAACAAUAAUAAUAAACACCUACACAGGCAAAACAAAAAAAGGACUAUUGUACCACAAUAAAAAUAUAAACCGCACUCAGCAGAAUCAGACAUUACAACUAACAACAAACCAAAGACAACAGGGAUCUCAAGCAAUUAUCAAUCAACACAAAAAUUGAAGAAGGUAACAGACUUGAAAUACUACUACUAAUGGUCGUCCUCCAGCGGGUGACGUCCACCGGCCUCCUCCUCCAGCAGCUCCAGGCCUCCUCCGGCCAGCAGCUCAUCGGCUUGACCACCCUCGGCCCCGCGGCAGGUGGCCCUUGCCCGGAGGAGGAGCGCGAGGAGGCCGUGGUCGGCUGGCAGGAGAAGUUCUUCAGCCAGUUCGAGGUGGACCUCUACCGCAGCGCCUCGGCCUGCCAGACGCCGCUUGACCGGCAGUAUCACCGGGAGGUCCUGCGGCUGGAGGAGGCCGGCGGGAGGAGCAACAACCGCAUCUUCACCUACACCGACCACGACCGUUUCACCAACCUGGAGGAGGGAAGGGCCGUUGACGUCCCGCAUCGUGACGUGGGAGCCCUCGGAGGAGUUCGUCAAGAGCAGCCACGUCCUCCGCACCCCCCUCCAGACCAUGUACAUCAUGGCCGACCUCGGCCCCUCCGGCAGGCUGGGUCUGCGGGAGAACGAGCGCGUCCUGUGUGCCCUCCAAGUGGACGGCAACGGGGUGCUCAGCGUCCGGCCGGACUUCACGGGGAACAAGGGGCCCUACCGGAUCGAGGCGGAGGGGGAGAAGCGGGAGGUGUGGAGCCUCACCCUGCACAACGCCUCCCCCACGGCCGAGCACGAAGAGGAGGCCCGGGAGCAGCGCCUCUUCAAGGACCUGUACAGCCGGCACAAGGAGUAUCUCUCCGGCCUGGUGGGCUCCGACUUCGAGAUGACGGUUCCUGGCGCUCUCCGUCUGGUUGUGAAUGGCGAGAUUGUUUCGGCCCACGGCUACGAAUACGACCACCUCUACGUCCACUUCUUCCUGGAGCUGCCCAGCGGCUGGUCCUGCCCGCCUUCGCAGCCGCUCUCCGGAGUGUCCCAGACCUGCGCCACCAAGACCUGCGGAUGGGAGCGGGUGGCCUUUUUCUCCUUCCCGUUCACCCUGGAAGUCUUCUGCAGCCAAGAGGAAGAGGCCGAAGGGGGGCUUCCGGGGUGGCCGGUGCUGUACUUCGAGGUGUUCUCCUUGGACCUGUGGCAGCGCUCCCGGGUCGAGGGCUACGGCUUCGUGGCUUUGCCGGCCACCCCAGGACCCCACACCGUGAGAGCCCCCACGUGGCGCCCCCUGGAGCUGGGUCCCUGGGCGGAGCUGCAGCGCUUCUUUGUGGGGGGCUCCCCGGAGCUGGAGGACCCGGCCUACGCCCGCCUGCCCCCCACCUUCCAGGGAGACCGGCUCAGCCGAUUCGGGUUCCGCACCAAGACCACGGGCACCGUCAGCUUCCGCCUCCACUGCCUCCAGCAGUCCAAGGCCUUCCUGGACUCGUCCUCGAUGAGGAAGCGCAUGCAGAGCGUCCUGGACCGGCUGGGCGGUCGGGGGCCACAGGGCUCCCUCUACGGCGUCCUGGAGGCCUUCCAGAGGGCCCGGCGGAGGAUGCAAGAGGCCCGGGUGAGCCUCCCCCAGGACCUGAUCCGGCCACAGCCUUCUCCUUCCCCGGCCCACGUGGGCCGAGGAGACUCCUGACCGGGGACGAUGGGCCUCCUUGCAAAGGACUCUGGAAAGCAUCAACAACAACAACAACAAGAACAGGAAGAGACUGUUUCCAGGUUCACAGCGAGACGUCCACAAAGACUCCGAGACUGGGACGUGGGAUGUAUUCCGGGCUGUCAGAAGUUGUGAGAAAUAAUAAUAAUAAUAAUAAUAAUAAUAAUAAUAAUAAUAAUAAUAAUAAUAGAGUUGUUGUAUGUUUUCUGGGCUGUCUUGCCCACAUCUAUGGCAGGCAUCCCCAGAGGUUGUGAGAAGUAAUAAUAAUAAUAAUAAUAAUAAUAAUAAUAAUAAUAAUAAUAAUAAUAAUAAUAGGGUUGUUGUAUGUUUUCUGGGCUGUCUGGCCCACAUCUAUGGCAGGCAUCCCCAGAGGUUGUGAGAAAUAAUAAUAAUAAUAAUAAUAAUAAUAAUAAUA